CGGCCCUUUCCGUGUGUGAGAAACACUCUGGGCACUUUUGAUGUAGCCUCAGAGGCAGUGAUUUUGGGGUCUCUGGGGUCCCUCCGUAUCAUCAGAAGCUCCUGAAAACUGUUUUUGAGCUGACAAGAAGGGACGACGCGAGAGCAGGCAGGUGUUGUCUCCGUUGCACAGAGGUGGUUCCGAGGCUCGGCAUUGGCGCCCGGGCGACCCAUUUCCGGGUCAGGGACGGGGAUGCCCGGGGCCCGACCUGGCUCUUGGCUCCUGGCCCCGCUCUGUCCACAAGGUCUGAUGGCGGCGGCCGCGCUGGGGGGCCCGGUUCAGGUUCCUGUGGCUGCAGAAUUGCUUCCAGAUCGUGCAAAGACAAAAGAAGGUGUCCCCUCCUCCACUCCCACCUGCUUGAGCUCCCAGGGCUGUGUGACUUUUGAGGACGUGGCUGUCUACUUCUCCUGGGAGGAGUGGGGGCUCCUUGAUGAGGCCCAGAGACUUCUGUACCGCAGUGUGAUGCUGGAGAACUUCGCACUGAUGGCCUCUCUGGGACUUGCAUCUUCUGGGACCCAGGACAUUACCCAAUUGCAGCGGUGGGGAGAGCCCUUUUUGCCUGCCAGAGAAGUCAUAACUGUAGCCGUGCCAAGAGGAAGCUGGUGUGGAGCGGAGAUUGAGGAGGCACCUUCUGAACAGAGUGUUGAUGCAGGAGUGCUCAGAGCAAACUUUCAUCAACACCAGAAGCUGCGCUGUGGAGAGAAACCUGUAAGAAAAGAGGCGGGGCAACAUGAGAAGGACUUCCUGACCAGCUCUGGCCUUGACUGUCAGGUGACUCACAACAGUGAAGAGUUACACAGGAACACAGAAAGUGGGGAGGGCUUUCACCCCAGAAAAAGGCAUUACAAGUGCGGUGAAUGUGGAAAAGCAUUUGGUCAGAAAUAUUUACUCGUUCAGCACCAGAGACUACACACUGGAGAAAAGCCUUAUGGAUGCAGCGAAUGUGGGAAAUUAUUUAGCCAUAAAUCCAACCUUUUUAUACACCAAAUAGUUCACACUGGUGAAAGGCCUUAUGGGUGUAGUGACUGUGGAAAAUCCUUUAGCCGCAACGCGGACCUCAUUCAACACCGGAGAGUUCACACUGGAGAGAAGCCUUUCACGUGCAGUGAAUGUGGGAAAGCCUUCAGGCAUAAUUCUACACUUGUUCAGCACCAUAGAAUCCACACUGGAGUAAGGCCUUAUGAGUGCAGCGAAUGUGGGAAAUUCUUUAGCUUCAACUCGAGCCUCAUGAAACAUCAGAGAGUUCACACUGGAGAAAGGCCUUAUGAGUGCAGUGAAUGUGGGAAAUUCUACAGCCACAAGUCAAGCCUUAUUAAUCAUUGGCGAGUUCACACCGGAGAAAGGCCUUAUGAGUGCAGGGAAUGUGGGAAAUUUUUCAGCCAAAGCUCUAGCCUCAUGCAACACCGAAAAGUUCACACUGGAGAAAAGCCUUUUAAGUGCAAUGAAUGCGGAAGAUUCUUUAGCGAGAAUUCCAGCCUCGUUAAACACCAGAGGGUUCACACUGGAGCAAGACCCUAUGAGUGCAGAGAAUGUGGGAAAUUUUUUCGCCACAGCUCCAGCCUUGUUAAACAUCGGAGGAGUCACACUGGGGAAAUGCCAUAUGAGUGCAGUGAUUGUGGAAAAUCAUUUAGCCAGCGUUUCAACCUCCUUCAACACCAGAAAGUUCACAGAGGAGAGAAGUCUUGAAUGCAGCUAAUGUAGAAAGACCUUUAACCAAAGGUCUGCUCUGAUUCAGCAACAGAAAAUUCAUAACCCAGAUAGGCCUUAUGAAUACAGGGAACGUGAAGAAAGGCUUCAGCCAAAGGCUUAAUAUAACCUUGUUGGGCACCAGAAAGUUGAGACUAGAGAAGGGCCUUCGGAAUACAGGGCAUGCUGUCUCCUGGCCAACCUAACAUGACACAGAAACUUUGAGAGUAGCCUUUAUCACAGAGCCAGCAGUUGCACAUCAUUCAUCAAGUUCGCACACUGGGGGCAGGAUAAGUAUUGGUGGCAUCAAGCGCCUCCUGAGGAGACAGCCCUCGGCCUGGGAGCAUUAGGGAGGGGGUGCCCUGUGUACUUGGCUGCCUCAUUCUGGAGCAGAGUUCUCAUAUCCCUGAGUUUGGAGGAGGGAGAGAGGAAGUGGUCUUGGUUCAAAUGUGACUGGCUCUAGCUGUUUUUACUGAUUAGACUUUUCUUGAAUAAAUGUUUCUUAAUUUGCUGUAUAUCUUAGGACCAUUUCUAGAGACUUUAAAAUGUGUUUUCAUAAUUUCCUCCAGUCUUAAUGUGAAGCAGGCCCUCAAAGCUUCUCACAGUCAUGCUCGAAGUUGAUCCAAAUAUAUAACAUUUUAAGAACUUGCCAAAUUGUGUUCUAAAUGAUUAUGCCAUUUCAUAUUUCCUCUUGAGUGUAUUAGAUUUCCAGUUUCUUCACCUCCUCCUGACCUUUGUAGGUAAGACAAAGAGCAUUCAUUUUAGCCAUUCUCAUAGGUGUUUAGCAGUACUUCAUUGUUUCAAUUCAUAUUUCCCUAAUGACUUGGUAUUGAGGAUUUCCCCUGUGUUCAUUUGCCAUCCAUAUGUCUUAUUUAGUGAAUUAUCUGUUCAUAUCUUUGACCUACUACUAAAAGAAUUGUUUUGCAACUUCUCAUAUAUUCUGGAUAUUAGUUCCUCAUUUGAUAUAUGCUUUAUCAAUAUUCUCUCACAGUCUAUGGUUUUAGUUUUCAUUUCUUAAGAGUAUCUUUGCUUAGAGCAGAAUUUCUUAAUUUUCACAAAGCCCAAUUUACUUAUUUGUUCUUUUAUUGACUGUGUAUUUGGCAUUGUAUCCUUUUUCUCUUACAAAGUUUGGUAUCUUUGCCUGUCAAUAAAAGCCUUAUCUGAGUAUGCUA